AUGGCCUCCGAAGUCCCAAACAAUGGCCCUUUCAUUAUCGGCGUCACUUGGUGGCUUUGCUUCUUCUGUGGCGGCUUUCUAACGAUUCGUCUGUACGCAAAGAUCAGCAGACACCAGUGGCUGUGGUGGGAUGACUACGUGCUGAUCUUCUCCUGGACCAUGUUCUUCAUUGAAUCCAUCAUAACCCAACUCGGCACCAACCUCGGCUUCGGCAAGCACUACUACAACAUCCCAUCCGCCAAUCUCCUCACCAUUGCCCUGUAUACCUCAAUCGGCGCUUCAAUCUCCUGCUUCGCAUCCACGGGGAGUAAGAUCUCGUGGGGGAUCAGCCUCCUCCGCCUCACAGAGGGGUAUUGCGAGGUUUUCGUUUGGUUCGCCAUUGUGACACUCUUUAUGGUUAUGAUACCUAGUGCGCUGUUGACUUGGAUCCAGUGCACGCCUAUAGAAAAGGUGUGGAACACGUAUGUGGCGGGAAGGUGUUUGGAUGCGUCCAUUCCAGUCAAUUAUGGCAUUUUCAAUGCGGCUUGGUGCGCCGUGAUGGAUUUUGCUUUGGCACUGCUGCCAUGGAAAUUGAUUUGGAAAUUGCAGAUGAGGACCAAGGAGAAGAUUGGGGUUGGGAUUGCUAUGUCGUUGGGAAUACUCUCUGGUGUCUGUGCGAUUGUAAAGGGCGUGUACAUGGUGGAGUUACGACAGCAGGACUUUUACUUCAACGGGAAAGACCUGGCUAUUUGGACGGCCGUAGAGACAGCCACCGCCAUCAUCGCAGCAUCGCUGCCCGUGUUUCGCGCACUACUCAAAGAAGCAAUAUCAACACGCAGCAAUAAUGCAGGUUCGGACGAGAUGCCACUGGCACACCUUACCAACGUUCUGAGGACAAUUGGAGGCACGCCCCUGAAGUCGCGUAGGAGGUCCCUUAAGAUGUGGUCAAAGCCGGCAUCGCGCGGAACUGACCCGGGCAGCGACACAGGCACGUUGAGUGAUAAGACUGACGAUGCUGUUCCAGGGAUGUGGCAAACUAGAAUACUUGCCGCUGAAUCAGCUCGGGCUAGUGUCUAGAAGAGUCCUACCAAUAGGACAAAAAGGAUGUCGUUGACGAUAUUCAACCGUCGCAACGCAAUGAGACUAACGAAUGUACAAUGAGUUUAAAGACGAG